AUGAUUUAUUCAGCCCACAGAAUUUAAAAUGAAGUUUUCUGUGCACUAUAUAUACAUAAUUCUACGCGUAAUUUUUAUACAUAAAUACACAAAUAACUAAUUGACUUAUAUCCCAAGUACUCUAUACCAAAGAGGUAAAAUCAUUUAAAAGUUCGUCCUUCAAGCUCAAUUUAUUGUCAAAAAAAAAAACCCGAAAUGGGACGUUGGAUCAAGCCCGAUGUAUAUCCACUAAUAGCAGCAAUGUCAUAUGUCACCGGUAUGUGCAUAUUUCAGCUAACAAGGAAUGUGCUACUAAACCCUGAUGUCAGAAUCAACAAAGCUCAUAGAACAACAGCAGUGCUGGAAAACUACGAGGAAGGAGAGAAAUAUGCAGAGCAUGGCUUUCGCAAGUUCUUAAGGACUCGUUCUCCCGAAGUUAUGCCUACUAUCAACCAUUUUUUCUCCAACACCGGAAAAGAAUAAUUUCACUAGCUAUAUUGUUUUAUUUGAUUUUAAUGUAGUACAAAGUAUUUGAAUAAUAGUUUUAAUUUGUUUCAAAGUUGUUAAACUAUAUAUGAGAUCAUUAUAUUAUUGAGUAG